UAUGACCAACCAAAUUUUACAGCCUAUUAUCCCACUUCCACUUGUGCCACUAAUUGUUUCUUUGUUUGUAAUCCUCUGUAGAGCGAGUGCGACCAAUUCUGAAGCUGAAGCUCUCCUCAAAUGGAAAUCAAGUCUUCCAAAGCAAUCCAUUUUGGACACAUGGCAGCUGGUUCCUUCAAAUUCUUCAAGCUCCAGAGCUUCAAAUCCAUGUCAAUGGCGGGGAAUUACUUGCAACAACCAAAGCAGUGUCGUAGGAAUCAAUUUGGCUUACACUGGUUUGAAUGGAACUCUCCACAACUUGGACUUCUCUUCAUUUCCCAACCUUCUUCGUCUCGAUCUCAAGGUCAAUAAUCUCAAUGGAUCCAUUCCACCCUCCAUUGGACUCGUCAAAAACCUCCAAUUUCUGGAUCUCUCCACAAACAAUCUCAAUAGUACCCUUCCUCCUUCUCUCGCUAAUCUCACUCAGGUCUACGAGCUCGACGUCUCUCGAAACUACAUCACCGGGGGCUUGCACCCCAGCUUCUUCCCAAGCGAAGAUUCCGAGUUUGGCCUCAAAAGUUUACAGCACUUCCUCCUGCAAGACACCAAGGUGGGAGGAAGGCUUCCGGAGGAGAUCGGAAAUAUGAAGUCUUUGAAUCUUAUAGCUUUCGAUGCUUGUGAGUUCUUCGGGCCAAUUCCUCAGUCUCUGGGAAACUUGAGAAAUUUAACCAUUCUUCGUCUGAAUGAAAAUCGUUUCACUGGUGAAGUUCCGGAGGGUAUAGGGAAGUUGACCAAAUUGGAAGAUCUACGGCUGUUCAGUAAUAACUUAACUGGGCCACUGCCUCAAGGAUUGGGAAACUUUUCAUCUCUGGUCAUCGUUCACGUCUUUGACAACAACUUCACUGGAAAUUUGCCGGCGGGUCUGUGUAACGGUGGGAAGCUCGUUAACUUCACUGCUGCAAGUAAUUCUUUUACAGGUCCGAUCCCAAGAAGCUUCAAAAACUGCUCAACGUUGUAUAGGCUUCGUUUGGAACACAAUCAGUUAACUGGAAAUCUGGACGAAGAUUUUGGGGUUUAUCCAAGUUUGAAUUACAUAGACUUGAGUGAUAAUCGACUGACUGGGGAGCUCUCUCCAAACUGGGGAAAAUGCAAAAAUUUGACUAAAUUGAAUAUUGCUGGGAACAGGGUGAGUGGAGAAAUUCCAGAUGAGAUCACUCAGUUGAAGAAUUUGGUAGUCCUUGACCUCUCCUUCAACAAUAUCUCAGGAGUAAUACCGAAAAAUAUCGGAAAUUUAUCGGAGUUGUCGUCGCUGCAGCUGCAAAGUAAUCAGCUUUUCGGCAGCGUGCCAUCCGGGAUUGGAAAGCUGUCGAAUCUUGCGUCGCUUGAUCUCUCGAUGAAUCAGGUUGAAGGUUCGAUUCCCCGCCAGAUUAGCGACUGCUCCAAACUUCAGAAUCUGAACUUGAGCAGGAAUAGGCUUAAUGGUUCCAUCCCAUUUGAGAUGGGGAAUCUCUUUUCCUUGCAGAAUUUGUUGAAUUUGAGUUAUAACUCCAUAGUUGGAGAAAUUCCUUCAUCUCUUGGGAAGCUGGUAUAUUUAGAGAGCUUAAACUUAUCCCACAAUCAUCUGUCUGGUCAAAUCCCUCAUUCCUUAAACAACAUGCUGGGGUUGGUAGAUAUCAAUCUCUCCUUCAACAAUUUAACCGGCCCUCUUCCCUCCGGUGGCGUCUUCGACAAGGCUCGGCCGGAGGAUUUCGUUAACAACACAGCUCUAUGUGGAAAUAUCGCUGGCAUGCAAUCGUGCCACGAAGAUUCCACAGGAAAAACUAGCAAUGAGUUAAGGCGGAAGCUAGUGAUCAUUCUCGUUCCUUCUCUAUUGGGUGCUUUAAUUUUCUCUUUGCUACUUUUUGGGAUCAUUUCGUGCUGCAAACGAGAAAAAGGAACACAAAGAUUGAAUGACGAAACAAGAACACCAAAAAACCAAUCACAGUACCCAUUUUCAAAUCUUUGGGGCUACGACGGGACGCUAGUGUACGACGACAUCAUAGAAGCCACACAGAAUUUCGACGACGAGUUCGUCGUCGGCGCCGGUGGAUCCGGGAAAGUUUACAGAGUCGAAAUGCGCAGCGGUGAGGUGUUAGCGGUGAAGAAGCUAAACUUUUGGGACAGUGACAUGGGAAUGGAGAACAUGAAGAGUUUCAGAAGCGAGAUCGCGGCUCUAACAGAAAUCAGGCACAGGAACAUUGUGAAGCUGUACGGGUUCUGCUCGCAAGGGGAACAUGCGUUUUUGGUUUAUGAUUUCAUCGAGAGGGGAAGUUUGGCGGAUUGUUUGAGGAGCGAGAAGGCGGCGGCGGAGUUGGACUGGGUGAAGAGGGUGGAGAUCGUGAAGGGCGUGGCGGAGGCUUUGUGUUAUCUACAUCAUGACUGCGUCCCAGCGAUUGUCCACCGCGACAUAACGGCGAAGAAUGUGCUCUUGGAUGAGGAGUUUGAAGCUCAUGUUGCAGAUUUUGGCACUGCCAGGUUUUUGAAGUUUGAUGCAUUGCAUUCGACGGGAGUUGCAGGCACUCAUGGCUAUGUUGCUCCAGAGCUUGCCUAUACGAACAAAGCAACAGAAAAAUGUGAUGUCUUUAGCUUUGGAGUCGUGGUCUUAGAAGUCAUCAUGGGAAUACAUCCCGGAGAAACAGUCCUCUCCUUACAAUCUUCGCCCGAAAACACCAUCGACUUGAAAGACUUAUUCGAUCCUCGUCUUCCACAGCCUCGAAGUCGAAAGAUUUUCGAUGAAUUAGCUUCAAUUGUAAGUACAGCUGUCUCUUGUGUGCAGGCUGAACCUCAGUCACGACCCACCAUGCGCAGCAUCUGCCAUUUGAUGGGAAUGCUGUGAGUGAAAAGGGAGGAAACUCAGAAGAAAAAUGUGAACUUUUGUCUUUUGGGGGAGAUUUUAUGUUAGAAUUUAUUAGUUUUCUAGUAAUAUGAAAAGGGCAAUACGUUAUUAUUCAUGAGUAAUACAAUUCAAGUUAAUUCAGCUUUA